UUUUCGGAUGUAAAAUGGCGGCGAGUUGAACGGUAAGCAAACAUUGCGGCACUACUUGGUGCAACAACGAAGUCUAUCCUUCCCUUAUCAUGCUCUCUUAGACAGACUGCCUCAGUUUCUAGUAGUGGCCUUUUCAAGCUAUUUAAAGAAAAGAGAAAGCAGUGCGGAACAAGAUAUGGAGCCCAUAUUAUUUUUUUCAAGUUCGCGGUUUCCUUACUGUCAGUUUUCAAACUUUUACGAAGUGAAUAUUGAGAUGGCAGAGGGAGUGUUUCCGUCGGUGGAACAUUAUUUUCAGGGAAUGAAAUUCAUACCGGAGGACAGGGUACGGUUCAUGAAAGACGGAGAAUUCGACAAAAAGAAAGAGACUAAGGCCUCAAACACCAGAGAGGAAAUUGCGAAAGGGAGAUUGGCCAAGUCUGCCGGAUCUAAGUUGGGUUCUGCUAAAUACAGUUUGACGCUAGCACCCGAUGGUUUAGACCAAGAGGUAGCUAAAGAAAGAAUGAAAAGGGCUUUGCAAAGGAAAUUUGAACAGGAGCCCUUCAGAAGUCUCCUUUUGGAAACCAAAGGUGCUCAAUUAAUCCAUAUCCCAAGGAGGGGUCGAACGGAUUUUUGGACCGGAAAAAGAGACAAGGGGACUGGAGAAAUUGUUGGUGAGAACACAAUGGGGAAAAUACUCAUGGAAAUCAGGGGGUUUAUACAAAAAGAAACCUUGGCUGGGGAAAACCGUGUUUCCUCUAAAAAGCGCCCACACACUGAUGAGUGCCCUCCACCAAAUAAGCGCCCACCUCCUAAGGCUAUAACGUCAAACAAGGACACAUCUUGAACAAGUCCCCCUCUCUGUUUAAACAUUUUUAAGCUUCAAUUAUUGUGCAUUCAGUACAGGAGAGUACUUUAUUCUCUGGUUAAUUCUUUUUCAAUUAUUUCUAUUUCCAUGUGCUUGCUGUUUUUUUUUUGUUUUUUUAAUUUUUGUUGUAUCACCAUGCUCUUGGUAAAUAGCAUUAACUUCCCAGGAACAUCCAAACAUUCUGUAAUCUUCAAGGACUAGUAAUUUCCAGGAUAACAAAGUUAUUGGGAUGCUCUUUGAGAAAACAGUCAAAAAUGAAUAAGCACCCCCCUUUAUUCUUGAAAAUUAUUAAAAAAUUGGAUCUUAAGAAAUGAUUUUCAGUUCAUCUAGAUAUCUCUGAAUAAAAUGCUUUAGUUGCUAGAAGCCACUCUCUCAUAAUAUAAGCCCCACCUCACCCUUGCCAGAGCUUCAAGUUCUUAUUAUGAGCUCUUCAUGAGUAGAUCCACCUCUAUCAUCUUCCCUGGUAUAAAAAACCCUAAAGUAAAGACGCAGGACAAAACAAUAACACUUAAAUACUUCUAUAUCCAUUGCAAUACCCCAUAGUACUAUUCAUGCAUUGGGGCUAGGUAUUGUUUAAUUAAAUGAAAAAUAUUGAUGUAUUUGAAAACCUAUUUUUGUUUCUAUGUGGACUUUUCAAAUAGAGAAAUUAGUGCAGUUAAAUUAAAAAACAAUUACUUGCA